AUGACUGCCUGGGGCAGGGAAGACAGCGGCGAAGAAGACGACGGCGAUGAAGAAGAGAAAGAAGAAGAAGAAGAGAAAAAGAAGAAGAAGAAGAAGAGGAAGAAGAAGAUGGAGGGACACUAG